ACAUCGAUGGCUAACAAGGAAGAAUUCUGUAAAGGUUACUUUGAAUUAAAGCCAGAAGAAGCUAGUUUCUUUGAUUUCAUUCGUAUCUUCUAUUCUAGUGAAUUAGAUAAAAGAAAUUUCUUCGAUGUUUCGGCCGGAGUAGAAAGGAUCGGAGGUUUUCGCCGGCGAUGGCUCAUUUUUAUCUCCGUUAUAUUGCAGAGAUUCUUGUUUUGGUUUAAAAAACCCAUGGCCAGUUUAGGUUAUAUAGUUGAGCUCAUGCAAAAUUAUCCUUCAUUCAAUGGUGGUUUUCUCCAGCUUUUCUUGAACAUAAUACAAGGAAAAACAGUAACGCCGGAAAAGUCAUCGGAGACGUUCAGGUCGAUGAUCGGAAAUCUUGAUGUGAGAGUGGACUUAGACAAGUCAAUAAAGAUAGGAGACAGCAGAUAUAAUGCACACCUGUCAAUUAUGGCUGCUAAAUUAUCUUACGAAAAUGAAGCCCUCAACAAAACAGUAAUCAAUCAUCAUUGGCAGAUGCACUUCUUGGGGUUGCACAAUUUCUGGAAUGCUUACGAGGAACAAUACUCGACUCAAGCCACAAUGUUUCAAGACAAAAUUGAAGAUCCAAACCUAGUUGUGGUAGCAUUUAGAGGGACAAGUCCAUUUUAUGCAGAUGCAUGGAUUACAGAUAUAGACCUCUCAUGGUACGAUCUUGAAGGCAUGGGCAAAAUCCAUGCAGGUUUCAUGAAAGCGCUAGGGUUGCAAAAGAACAUAGGCUGGCCAAAAGAAAUAAAUGAUCAAGAAAACCAACAACAAAAUAAUAAGCUAUUUGCAUAUUACAAAAUAAGAGAAGAUUUGAAGAAAAUAUUGAACAAAAAUGAGAAAGCAAAAUUCAUAGUGACAGGACAUAGCUUAGGUGGUGCAUUAGCAAUAUUAUUUGCAGCUAUAUUAGCUUUGCAUGAAGAGGAUUGGUUGUUGGAUAAAUUGGAAGGAGUUUAUACAUUUGGACAACCUAGGGUUGGAGAUGAACAAUUUGGAAAUUUUAUGAUGGAGAAGUUCAACNAUAUAUAUUGA